AUGUCUGAUGCAAUGAGUGAUACGUGCAAAGUAUGGACAAGAUUUGAAUCCAAAAAGCGAGAUGGUACGAGUAUUAAACUACGAAUUCAAAGUUGGAAAUUAAAACCACAAGAUGCUGUUUUUGAUUUGGUGAUGAAACAUUUCGUUCCGGAAGAGGCUAUUCAUAAAGCUGCAGGAAUAUCUAAAAGUCCGGAAGCAUUUCAGGAAUACAGUGAGCUAAUGACACAUUUUUUUAAAGUAGCACCGCUUCAUACAAUUGUAUGCUGCGUCGAUAAUGAAUCAAAUACUGUUGACCAAAUUGUGGGUUUAUCGAUAGCCCAGCUAAUGAAGAAUACUGAUAAACUAGAAGAUAUUGUAAAUGACAUGGAGUUCAAGUCAGAAGAAAUGCAACAGUUAUUGCACGCUGCCAAAGUAUUAGAAGGUUAUCUUAAAGAAAAAGCAAGCUGUUAUGAGACUUACUACUUUGGAAGAGGUAUCUUUGUUCAUCCAGAAUACAGAAAAAUGGGAAUAGCAAAUGAGCUUAUAAAAGUGAAAAAGUUGAUUUGUAUUGACAACAAUGUUCCCAUGACGUGUGCUGGAAUGUCAGCUGUGGGUACCCAAAGGGCAGCUGAGAAGAACAAUUGGAAGACAUUUUCAGAUAUAUCUAUAGAAGAACUCGAAGAGGAGACCGGUCUUACAUUUGGAGAUGAUGCAAUUUCCAAGCAUAAACUCAUGUAUACCACAAUAAAUUAAAAUAUAUAAUAUAUAUAGGGUAUUUUUAC